UCUGUUAUGUCAAAUCUUUUUUCGAGUUUGAAUUUUUGGAGAGGAUAAAAAAGGUAGAAAACUGAGUGCUGGUCUCCAUAGAAACUCGUGCUCCCGACAAAUUCGCUAUUAAUAUACUAUUUAUAUUGUUGAAUCUGGCUUAUACAAAGACGUAUAAAGACACUUGUUAUGUAAGAAGUCAGAAUAUUGAUUACCCAUGAUAUCAUUUUGCUAGUCGAUAUUGCAUAUCCUCAGUAGCGGAAAUAUAAGGGUUUCGAAACGACGAAAACAGUCUCAAAAAAGUCGCAAAAUCGCACAGUCGACUGUGGUGGACAUUGUUAUCAUUUCAUUAUCAAGUUGAUAUCUUAUAUAUAUUUACGCGGAGAUAUCUGCUUCUUCGUGCACUUUAUGCCUUCAGACCACGUGAACGAUUACGGUGUAUCUUACAAGAAUCGAGACGCAAAAAUGACCAGCAGUCUUAGUUUUGUGCGAAAACGUUCCUUGACCCUGUUUGCGUUUUCACUGCGCAUGUUCUUCAUGGGCGUUGAAUUUGCCGUUAUAUUUCCCUCUGUGUGGUUGUAUCUGCAAACAUUCCACGUCGACUACUGGUACCUUGGCCUGGUAUUGUCCGCAUAUAACAUGGUGGGAAUAGUUUCGACGGUCUUGGUUGGCCGACUCGCUGAUGCGACGAGAAAGAUUCGUCUGACAGGGUUUAUUUGGAAUUUGGCUGAGAUCGCAGGGAAUUUCGUAUACGCCUUGCACUUUCACGUAACCCUCCCACUCUUCGGUCGGAUGAUUGCCGGGUUCGGGGAGGGUUACAUCUCCGCUAUGUGGGGAGAAUUGGCAAGGGUUACGACCAAGGAACAGAGAACUAGAUACUUCGCGAUCCUCAAAGGCAGCAACCUUUUAGGUGCGGCCAUCGGACCUGCAUUGAACUUAUUUCUGAAGAAAUUUGACUUCUAUAUCGGAAGUUGGCACAUUGAUUUUAGGACCUCCCCUGGGUUCUUUAUGGGCGCGGUAUGGAUCGUGCUCACACUGAUGAUGCUUGUGCUUGUCUACGAUCUUUCCUCCGAGAUUAAAGCUAAACCUGGGUACGAAUUACUCCUGCAGGAAAAUUCGGACGAUAUCCCAGACGGAGUUGGUUCACUUCUGUCUGGGGCAAUCACCCCUCAAGAACCUGGUAAAGAGGAAGCAAAAACCAUCGUCGCCGAAGAGGCCACCGAAGUUGACAAAUCAGAAAAAACAAGUUUACAAGAAAAAUCGGUCGAGCCUGCCAUGCUAGGACAACCUCAUGAGCCCGCAACAUUUAGGUCUGCGAUGAACGACAUGUUUACAAAGUUCGAAGUAAAUGUGCUUGUUUAUUUGUUGUUCUUCAUGUAUGUCACCCACACAUGCUUGCAGGGAAUAACUCCGUUAGUGGCUGAUCACAUGUUGCAUUGGGACGAGACGACAAUCAGCCUUGUGUACACGGUCUGGGGAUUGGAAAUCAUUGUCGUCCUAUUGGUGGUAUGGUUGGUGGCGCCAAAAAUCGACGACCGCGUUAUCUUAUUGUCAGCGGUAAUUUGCGGUGCUCUCGCGUCCGUUAGCCUUAUUAUCUUGUCUUACUCGAAUCCCCUGAGUAAACUUUGUUACUACAGUUUUCUCGUUACGAUUUUCCUCGGCGGAGUGGGUAUCUCAAUAACAGUGGUUGUCGGACGAUCACUAGUGUCCAAGCACACGCUGCCGGAGAAUCAGGGGCUCGUGCACGCCAUUCUUACGUCGUUCAACCGAAUGGCUGGUCUUACGGGGCCAUUAUUCGGCAGCAGUUUGUACACACAUAAGACUGUGAUGGGUUGCCUGAUUGCAGCCGUGCAGUUUAUAGGUUUAGUGUUGGUAAUCGUAGCAUUUCGACGAUUGAAAGUUGUAAAUAAUUAGUUGGUCUUGAGCGUGAUAAUAAUCCGUUGGUGAAAAACUUGCAGUUAGUAUAAGAUGCUGUGCAGUCUAUAAGGAUGUAGUAAUGUGCAUGCUUACUGAUUUUAAGAUAUGAACAUAGAUUAAAUUAAUCAGAAAUUUCAUGACUCGAAGCAAACGAACCUUAUUUUAAAUUAGACUUGAUUGCGUAGCCGAUCCGAAAGUGGGAGAUUAUAUAUAUGACAUCUUUGUUUUGUCUUGCGGAGUGAGUGUGAUGUUUUUCACAAGUCCAAGUAUUGACCUGACAAGAGGCGAGAAGACAAAAACAAUCCAAAUGGACUGAGUUAACGUUACUUACAGUCAACUUACACCUCAACGUAAAAAUCGAAAGACCAUUAUAAAAUUUCUGGCCCCUAGUUAUAUAGAUACUGAUAAUUGUGUGACAAAGGUAUUCGCUCGAGCAACUUGUCAUUGGU